AUGGAGUCACGCAUCGGUCCCUGGCAUGGUCCACGUCGAUGUCACAAGAAACAAAAGAUUGCCCGAGUAUGCAGCGGUUUGGCCGAGGCUGCGAUCGACCACUUCAUGCCCAUUGAGGAGUUUUACGACAGUCUGGAAACUUUUGGCUUACGAUCGCGACAUGCCACAGAUCCAGCAGCAAUUCAUCUUCGCGACUCGGUGUACGACAAGAUUUCAACGUUACUACAAGCCAUUGGGAGGAAGAAAUGGGCGUACCUGCCACGAACGUUUGUGGUCCUGCAUCAGACCGGGCUCGAGAGUUUCAUGGACGUUUUCAUCAAAGAAGGUCGAACGGAUUUCUAUUUGCCGUACCACGAAGGCAAUCUUCCGGAUGCUUUGGCAGGCCAGGACAGGAUGCGGUUUCUCCACUAUCAAGACAAUGUGCUGUCAGAGCGAGAGUUCUGUGGGCCUGGUAAGAUGCUGGAAUCUGGUCGCGCACCGCAUUUGCAUCUCAAGCAUAGCAGCGCCGACAAGUUCUUUCACGAGAAGCCGAGAACGGUCCUUGGUCACGGAGGCUUCGCCACAGUUGAGGAUGUGGUCGGCAAAAGCACAGCACAGCAUUUUGCACUCAAGAGAAUGGCCCGCCAUUUAUUCGAUGAGAGAAAAGAAAAGAGAAACCUGCAACUCUUCCAGAACGAGCUCAACGUGCUACAAAAACUGAAGCAUAAGCAUAUUGUCAAGCUAGUCGGCUCAUAUACCGACAACAGAUACAUUGGGCUCUUGACCCAGCCGGUGGCAGACAAGAAUCUAGCGACGUUCUUGAAACAAGUGCCUCGACCGAAUGAAGCUGACGAUCGCGUCAUUCGACUGCGUAGUUUCUUCGGCUGCAUUGCCACUGCAAUCAACUAUCUUCACAACAACGACACGACACGAGUCCAGCAUAAGGACAUUAAGCCUGCGAACAUCCUCGUUAAAGGCAGCAGGGUGUUGAUUGCAGACUUCGGCACUGCGAAACCUCGGACAGAAGAAUCAGAGGACAAUACAGAGUCCACGGUCGGCGACACCGAUAGGUUCUUCACAACCAAGUAUGCUGCCCCGGAAACAGCUUCUGGCACCAGGACAUUCGCGAGCGACAUCUGGUCGUUAGGCUGCGUUUUCCUCGAGAUGGUCACAGUGCUUGCGGGGCGAUCAAUUGAGGAUCUCCAAGCCUUCUUCCAAAGCACCGGUUCCAAUUCGACGGUGUACCAACGGAACCAGAAAGCAAUCGAUGACUGGCUGCAGCAGCUCAACACGGCCUUGCUGGCGUCAGACUUCCCCGAAGACGCCCAGCUCACCACGAUCGUCAGGUUCAUGUGCAAUCAGGACGAGGCGAAGAGACUCGACUCCCGUGAUCUCGUUCGCCGGAUCUUUAAGCUCGAUGGCCCGAUGCCGUAUUACGGCUUAUGUUGCAGCACUCGAUCACAGCUGUCGAGCCCUGCUAGAUCCGAUUCGAUGGACUCCAUGUCCACCGAUAGCAGUGAGAGCGACAGCAGUCUUGAACAGCUGGAAGAUAUCACAGAGCAAGGUACCUGGAUUCCAGUGAACUUGAACUCCGCUCCUGCGUUGAUCGAAUCUCCGUCGAACUACAUCUCGCCGAUAGUUGAAGACUCUGAGACGACGAUUGUGGCUUACAACCAACCGCCAAAGCUUUCAAAUCAUGUCUUGGAAGACGUCACGGAGCUGCAAGGACUGGAUUCCGAAGACUCGUUUGCGGUGGUCCUAGAGGCCAGUGAUGCAAGAGGAGCACCUGCUACGACAGACGAAGUCACCGAUGUCGCCGAAGUGGAUCAGACUGGCAUACACUUGACGUCUGUACCCAAGGAGACAAACAAAAUCGAUGCUUCAAAUGGAAUCGAACAGCUCCCACACCAAGAUGUCGCAGUCCCUGAGUCAACUCAAUACGUUGGGAGCAAUGGCCUUGCUUGCCCGUACCCGAGAUGCGACCCACCCAAAGGGUUGGCACUACAGCUCUUCGAUAGCUUUGACUCGCUUCACGAACAUCUUCUCGGUGUACAUCUCACGCACGACAUUGGCAGGAUUUGCCUCCUGGACGGCAGCCGAGAUGUUCCUUACAAGCCGCUAACGUUGACUCCACAAACUGGCGCUUUGGAAACCAUAGGACGGAAGAAGAAGAACGGUACUGAUGAACGACAAGUUCGCUUUUCAGAGCUACCUGAUGAGUCUCGACCGAAACCAAUACCUAAGCAAGUAGCCCGCCCGAAGGAAACCAAUGGCGUCUACACCAUCAAUGCAGAAAUGCCAACUGCGCCAGGGCAGGCAGAUGCAGAGACCACCGCGAGGUGCACCAAGAUCGGGAUACCGCCUACAACCUUCACGCCAUCAUAUUUGCUGGCGGCCAAGAACCGCUUCUCUCAACUCGAACUGCUGAGCCAGACAAGAUUCGGCAAACCGCUAUUUGUAUAUGGAACACUGAUGUUCCCAAGCGUACUACGUUGUCAGGCCCAAUCAUUCAUCCACACUGAGGGAACGUACUCCUCGCAACAAGGCCGGCGUAUCGUGACUGGCUCUCGCGACUGGUGCAAUAUCGACCAAUCGAUACAGUCCGCCGCAGAGUGCAUGACACCAGCGACGCUCCCUGGAUACAAACGAUUUCGUCUCUCGAGUUACAGCUUGGCGUAUGUUGAGCGAGCUGAAAGAGAUGACGACGAGACACCUGGAUUCCUGAUCUUCGGUCUCUCCUCGGAGGCGUUGGCUUGCCUUGACCAUCUUUACGAAGAGAAGGGGCCUAAGCAUCUGUUUGAUGAACGCAAUAGCGGAAGAUCAGAGUGGAGUAGAACUCGACUGGUCCGUAAACCAGCGACAGUUCGUCUGAAUGUCGUUGGUGGCGAGUCGGUCGACGUCGAAGCAGAGGUCUAUGUGUCCAACGUCGAGGACGCCUAUCGGCGUGAAACUGCCCGGCCUUGGGAGAUGGACAGUUUUCUGCGCGGCAAGAGCUUCAACACUUUGACGAACAGGCUCGAUGGCGGCAAGCGAAUUGUGGAGGAAGAAAUCAUUGCAAACACGAUCGGAACGAGGAUGGUCCUUCCUGGCGACGAGUUCGUCGAGAAAGUGCUUAGUGGCGACCAAGACGGACUUUUGAAUAUGCUUCGCGAGCAUCAGUGUGUUGAUGCCCCGUCCGUCAAGUACGGCACCGCACUUCAAGCUGCUGCGUCGAAGGGCGACGUAGAUAUCAUGGAUCUGCUCAUCGAGUCGGGGGCUUCGGUCAACGCACCUGGCGGGCAGUACAGCAACCCUUUGAUUGCAGCCGUCGUGGAAGGUCACUACGACGCCAUGAAAUUACUCCUGAGGAAUGACGCCAAACUCUUCGUCCCAGGAGGAAGAUAUAUCUCAGCCCUGUACCAAGCCGUCGACUUCGAUCGCGUGGAAAUGGCACACGCUCUGCUGGAGAAAGGCGCCUGGCUGACAAAAGACUACCGUGAGGUCUUGGACUUAGCCGCCGAGCGCCACAACGACGAGAUGUACGAUGAGCUCGUCCGCUACGAUGUCCUGGGUCUACAUCGCAACGACAAACAGGUUCGAGACCGCUUUCCGACAUCAGCAUCCGACGUCGCCGAAAACCCUCGCUCUCUAUCCACCGAGCAAUACACAUCCAUUGGCGCUGUCUGUCUCGUCCAAGCAGUCCGACUGUACGGCCAACCGGGGAAAUGGACCGGUCGGAAAGGCGUCAAAGUUCUCAAAGCAGGGAUCGAAAGGGGCCUAGAUGGGAGGAUCCUGGAGAAGAUUCGGCCGCACAUUCAUUCUUUCCCUGCCAUCCAGAAGUUCUUUGCGGGUGCUAUGGGAGUGGCUUUCAACGGGAGAUUCAAGCCUGUCAGUCAUAGUGACCCUACUGAGGCAUGGGUGCAGAGCAGGAUGACGAGCACGAGCGCCAAGCCGAAACGGAGGCAGGGCAGAGUUGGGUGGGAAGAGAGGCCGUCGAGGAGGUAG